UGAACUAGCAACUACAUUCAGAUUACCGAUUUGUGAAAUUUCUAUGGCUUGGUUGUUUGAAUUUGAACCGAGGGAAGGUUAUGAAUUAGUACAGUGGUGCGCGACUGAAUCUCGUCGGCUUUCCUCAGCUGAAUGCUUCAUUCGUUAAUUUCAAAUACUUUCUUUUUGUUUAAUCGAACCACACGCAGAACUAGAACGAAUCUAGAUUUCCUUUCUUCUCCAAAUGCCAAGUAAACGAUCAACUGGACCAUUCCAUGGCCAACUUGGUGACGAUUCGGCGGAGAUUUUACUCAGCUGCUUCACGAAUCGUCUAUGCUUGCCAAAAUGUUCGUCGCCGUCCGGAUAUGUUCGUCGUGAAUUUUCAGUUAAACCAAAAUUGUUUCACUUCUGCUUCAAGAGCCAGCAACUUUCAGGCUCCGGAAUUCUAUUCUCUGAACAAAAGGAUGUCUAAUUUAAUUCGAACAGGUCGGAUAAAUGAAGCGAGGGAAUUGUUCGAUAGCAUGAAGCAUCGGAACACGAUAACGUGGAACACGAUGAUCACAGGGUAUGUAAAAAGGAGGGAGAUGAGGGAAGCACGCCAGAUGUUUGAUGAAAUGCCUAACAGAGACAUUGUGUCGUGGAACUUGAUGUUAUCGGGAUAUGUAUCUUGUGGGGGAAGGUACAUUGAGGCGGGACGGAAUUUGUUCGAUAAAAUGCCAGAAAGAGAUUGCGUUUCAUGGAACACGAUGGUUAGUGGGUAUGCUAAGAAUGGGAUGAUGGAUAAAGCAGAAGAGCUUUUCAAUUACAUGCCUGAGCGUAAUGUUAUCUCCUGGAAUGCCAUGGUUUCUGGUUAUUUAAUGAAUGGUUAUGUGGAGAAAGCUAUUGAGUUCUUCAAGAUGAUGCCAGAACGAGACUCUGCUUCUCUUAGUGCACUGGUUUCAGGGCUGAUUCAGAAUGACAAAUUGGUUGAAGCUGAAAGGAUUCUGCUUCAAUAUGGUGAGAGUGAUGGUAGAGAGGAUUUAGUGCAUGCUUAUAAUACUUUGAUUGCUGGAUAUGGUCAGAAAGGAAUGAUCGAACAAGCCCGAAAGCUGUUCGAUCACAUCCCUUCACAUUGUGAUCGAAAAGAUGAAAGUGGCAAUUUUGGGAGGAAUGUGGUUUCAUGGAACUCUAUGAUUAUGAGCUAUGUGAGAGCUGGGGAUAUAGUCUCUGCUCGAGAACUGUUUGAUAACAUGAUUGAGCGAGAUACUUUUUCAUGGAACACUAUGAUCAGUGGCUAUGUUCAUAUCUUGGAUAUGAAAGAGGCCUCGAAUCUUUUCGGUAGAAUGCCGAAGCCCGAUACCCUUUCUUGGAAUAUGAUGGUAUCUGGGUUUUCUGAGAUAGGUAGUUUGGAACUGGCUCAUGAUCUUUUCAAGAGGAUGCCUGAGAAAAGCUUGAUCUCAUGGAAUUCCAUGAUAUCUGGCUGUGAGAAAAAUGAAGACUAUAAAGGGGCAAUUGACAUCUUUUUGCAGAUGCAGUUUGAAGGUAAGAAACCAGAUAGGCACACUUUAUCGUCAGUUCUCAGCGCAAGUGCUGGAUUGGUAGAUCUGGUUUUAGGAACUCAGAUUCAUCAGCUAGUUACCAAGGCAUUUAUUGCAGAUUUGCCUAUAAACAACUCUCUUGUUACUAUGUAUUCGAGAUGCGGAGCAAUAGUCGAGGCACGGACUGUUUUUGACGAAAUGAAUCUGCAGAGAGAUGUCAUAUCUUGGAACGCGAUGAUCGGCGGGUAUGCCUCUCAUGGCUUUGCAACCGAGGCUCUUGGACUUUUCAAAUUGAUGAAGCAAUGUACUGUGCAGCCCUCUUAUAUCACGUUCAUUUCUGUUCUGAAUGCCUGUUCUCAUGCUGGAUUGAUUGAGGAAGGUAGGAGAGAAUUCAACUCCAUGGUUAACACGCAUGGUAUAGAACCGCGAGUGGAACACUAUGCCGCCCUUAUUGAUAUCGUCGGUCGACAAGGGCAGCUUGAAGAAGCGAUGGAUUUGAUCAAUAGUAUGCCAUGUGAACCGGAUAAAGCAGUGUGGGGUGCAUUACUGGGUGCUUCUAGGGUGCACAACAACGUCGAGAUGGCUCGAGUGGCGGCUGAAGCAUUGAUGAAGCUCGAACCCAAAAGCUCAGCUUCAUAUGUAUUGUUGUAUAAUAUGUAUGCCGAUGUGGGACGAUGGAGUGAUGCUGCUGAAGUGAGAACGAUGAUGGAGAAGAACAAUAUUCAAAAGGAAGCUGGAUAUAGUCGGGUGGAUUCUUAUUUCUAAAGAUAAUUUGAUUGGCUUCCAAUACUUGCACUGAAGAGGGACUCCAGCGAAUUGGGGAAUCUGAUGGAGCAGCUCAUGUAGGCCGCCGGCGUUUCGCACGAGAAGAUUUUUCCAGAUUGGUUGACUUGCCGGCGCCGGAGAGGCAGAGGUAUGCAAUUCUAAUUUUCUUAAUUAAAAAGAAGAAACGGAAAUGAAAAUACUACUA